AUGUUACCCAAUCCACUUCAACAUAGCGACGCCACACCUACACCCUCCCGCCGCAGGCUGAGCAAGCUGGAAACACUGCCCGUCGAGAUCGUUGACCAAAUCCUGUCCUACCUCAUCCACCCGCAUUGCCGUUUGCCUGGCCUCACCGAGACUGAGAGCAGAUACGAUGUUUCAGAGACGCAGAAGCGGAGCAUUAAGAACAAAGAAGACCUGACCCAAAGUGCAGACAGUCAUCGCUGGGCUGCCGAUAUCUUCUCUCUCCAUGUGCUUCCUCACCCUUUCAAUGCCCUGUCGUGCACGUCCAGAAGAUGCAACGAAUUCGUUGAGGGCUACUGCUCGCAUCUCGUUCGACAAUGCAACAUGUUCAAUCUACCAUUCGCCCAGUUGGACAGGUACGGUGCUGUCCAUCCGGAUAUGAGCCAUAUCGUGUAUCGAAGACUAUGGUUGCAACACGCCCCACGGAGGUGCAUCUAUUGCUUUGCGGCAUUAGACACCUAUCCUUUUCCACUCGUCAAGCGUCUCAUCACGGCUUGUGAAGGAUGCUUCUACCGUCAGACCUUGACAGUCGACGAAGUACAGAUGCAAUACCAUAUCUCCACAGCCACUGUUCUCGCCUCCCGCCGCAUCAGAGGCAAUCCCGGCUCAGUAUGGGUCUUGCGCGUCGACGUGGAAGCGCUUGCCCUACAACUCUACCGUACUCGAGAGUUCCACAAUGCCCGCAAGGAGCAAUUCGGCAAACCGUGCUCCAUCUGUGCCAUCACCAGAUUCAGACCGGAGCACCAUAUCGGCAAGCAGCGGCCAACCCAAAAGACAUCUGUUCGCUUAAUCGCGAAGAAGCGGCCUACGAGACGUUUGACGCGAUCUUCAUGA